UCAUCUUCCAAGGUUGGAGCUGAUACUAUUGUUGGAUGGAUGACAGAGAAUGGGGAAACUUUUAUUCAAGACAGAAAAACACUCAGCAAGUCGGAGAUGCCUAUGGAUAGUCAACAAGACAUCACUUUAAUAUCAAGCUCCAGGGAAGAUUCAGUCACUACCUUGACUUUAAGCAGACCUUUAGCUACAAACGAUCCCAGUGAUUUUUCUUUGUUACAUAAUUGCGCCUAUUUUUUAUUUGCCAGAGGUGUCUUCAAUAGCACUACCAAUAUAAAGUACAAUGACAAAACAGCCUUCCUAUCGAACGAGAAAAUAUGUGUACCUUGUACUGAAGUCCAGUCACAGGAAAGUCAAGAGAAAGAUAGGACAUUAUCCAUUUCCUUUAUAAUCAUAAUUGUUACGUUUGCUACUUUCUCUUGUUCUUUGUUCUGGGAAUCCAAGUUUGUGUCAAAGUGA